AUGGCGAAAAUCCGACUGCCUUACGUGCCGCUACCGCAGUCGGCAGUGACACAGACCCAACUGCAUGUGUCGGACUCGCUUUCACGGCUUCUGAGAGGCUCCAAGAUCCGGUCUGGAGCCGCAACCUCUUUCGACACCACCACCGACACCUCCAAGCCGUCUGCGGCAGUCAAUCUGGGCCUGGAUGGGUCUCCGUCAGGCCUGCCACCGGGUCCCCCUGCCGGGGUUUGUGUUCCCCGACGAUCGGAACAGUCACGCGACCUUCAAAAACGAUUCGAGACCAGCUUGAACAAGCGCGAUGUCCAGCAGGCGUUUGAUUUGUGGGCCGGAGGAGCCCAGACACGGACACAGGCACAAGAGACCGAAUCGACGCAGACAGAAGUCACACAGAUAGAAGCUGCAUCAGCAACAACAUCAUCAACAUCCCCAGCAACAUCAUCAGCAACUACUACCGCAUCGUCCGCCAAUACCACAGUCUUUCCUUCUCCACAGCUCCCGCUCAAUGCCACAUUCAAGCUGCUCAAUCUGCUGGAGGCUACCGAUCCCGACUCUCCAUUGGUCUACAAGGUCAUCAAGUCCAUUGUCAGCGCGCCAGAAAAUGCAUCUGUGUUUGCGCCAGCCAUAUUCCGCGUCUUCGUUAACUACUUUCAAAAGAAGCAGUACGCCACAAUCAUCGCCCUGUGGACCGACUACGUCAACAACGGCUGCCUUGUGGGCACCCGAACCGGUGACUACUGCAAAUUUGUGUCUGUGGUCGCACCAGCAUUUAUCGUGGAGGAGUUUGAGUCGCGGGGCUCGCGCGAGGGAGCAGCUCGAGACUUGAUUGAACUACUAGGGCCCGAGGCGCCGGUUCUGCCUGCAGACAAGAUUGAAAAGAUGGUCAAAAGCAUGCUCAGAAAAACCACAAAAGAUAAGGAGGACGUCGAGACUCUCCGGGCACUCCUGGAAACUCUCAGGCCCAAGUACAAGCUGUAUUUGGACGUCCAAAAGACGUACUCACAGCAAAAGUCGGUUCUGGAGCAAGUCCAAAGGGCAGUCGAGAUGAAGUCUGCCCACCAGCUCAACUACUGGUGGCACGUGGUCAAGAAAUCGUCACGUGCCCUUCUGACCUUGGAGCACUGCCAGGCCUUCAUCACGGCGUUCUCUGCAUUGAAAAACUCCGCAGGCGCAUUUCAGGUUUGGGAGCUGAUGGAAUCUUCUAGUGGGGGUGCUAUUGAGCCCUCGCGAGAGUGUUGGGAGGCUCUUUUGGAGGCUGCUAGUCAUGUGACUACCGCUCAGUCCCAGUUCUUCCAACAGGCAUGGGACGGAAUGGUUCUGGCGGGGUACUCACCUUCUCCUCAUUGCUUUGCCCUAAAGUUCCGCUGGCUUCUUCGAAACCGAAUGUUCCUAUCGGCGGAUACGCUGUUUUCCGAGAUUCUAGCCGUUCCCAGCGGCCAGGAAUCGACUGAUGUCUCCACUGGCGACCUUCCUGGAUUGACACAGGAGAUUUUGGAGGCUUACAUCCCCUGUUUGCUGCGAAAAAUGCGUCAUGAAGAGGCUGAGCAGCUUGUUCAGCUCCUGACGCCCAGAGAGACCAUUGACAUCUCUCUCAAUCUCGCCAAGACAUUCCUGGAGUACUACUUGAAACAUAAGCUGGUCGACAACAUGCCCAAGUGGCUAAGCAAGAUGGAGCAACAGGGUCUGUUCACUACCCCUGAGUCGUUUGUCUUGUUACUGGCGUACAACGUUCUCUACAUCACGGAGGUGGCUCCUGACCGAGAGAUUUUCCCUGUUCUCAAGCAGAUCUACUCCCAGAUGGAGCAGCAGGGCAUUCCUCUUAACCACGAGACUUUUGCACGGCUUAUUGCGGAGACUUAUCGAGUCUGUCCUCAGCUCCCUGCUGCUCGAGCCGUCUUCGACUCGUUGAUUCGAGCUGAUAUUGUUCCCGACGCCGAUGUCAUCAUGCGGGUGCUACGGGGCGAGUGUUCAGCUAGAGGUGAUGUCUUGAUGGGCCAAGAGCUUUUGCAUUCCAUGAUUUCCAUGACGUCUAAUCGACAAUUCCACAACCCUCUGUUCUGGAACUAUCUUCUGCGAGCCCUGUUGAAGCAGGACAAGCAGGCUGAAGCAUUGGUGUCUUACGGUAAGAUGAAGGCUGCCGGAGUGCCUAUUUCUGCUCACACCUACACUCUCAUGUUGGAGGGACUGGGAGAAGACUAUUAUGAGGUGAAGCAGGGCAUUCUGACGGAAUUACAGCAAGUGAAGGAGCCCAAGAAGACAUAUCUUUUGACAGCCCGACUCAAGGGAGUCAUCAGGGACAUGAAGGGCCAGGGAUAUGGGAUUGGAGGCCUACUAAGAACUGAGGCUCCUCCCAGAUGGAAGUAG